AUGUCCCCCUCAGCUACUUUUGAUACCCAGUCUGGUGGAAACCCAAAUCGUCUUAAGAUUCUUGUCCCCGAAAAAGUAUCUCCGGAUGGAUUGGCUUUGCUCACCCCUCACUUUGACGUGGACAACCGCAAAGGCUUGUCGCCUGCAGAGCUUAUCAGUUUGAUUCCCAAUUACCAUGGCUUGAUUGUACGUUCCGAGACGCAAGUCACCUCCGAGGUUGUACAAGCUGGAAGGAAGCUCAGGGUUGUUGCUCGAGCAGGCGUUGGAGUAGACAACAUCGAUGUCCCUGCUGCAAGCACCCAAGGUGUCAUUGUUGUGAACUCUCCCUCAGGCAACAUCCUUGCUGCUGCAGAACACACAAUUGCACUCCUCCUCUCAACAGCUCGCAAUGUAGGCCAGGCAGAUAUCAGUGUGAAGGCUGGCCGCUGGGAACGAAGCAAGUUAGUGGGUGUUGAAGUUGGUCGAAAGGCACUCGGUAUUAUCGGCCUGGGCAAGGUCGGCAUGAACGUUGCCCGCAUGGCCAAGGGUCUCGGGAUGACAGUCAAAGCCGUUGACCCCUAUGCGAGUGUCGACAUGGCUCGUCAAGCGGGCGUGGAGCUAGUUCCUGCACUGGAAGACUUGCUCCCAAUCGUGGACUUCUUGACAAUUCACACACCCCUUUUGGCUACCACGCUUGAUUUAGUUGGCGAAGCAGAGUUUCAGAAGAUGAAGAAGACGGCUCGCGUGCUCAACGUUGCUCGCGGAGGCGUAUACAAUGAGGAGGCUCUGAUCAAGGCGCUGGACGAGGGAUGGAUUGCAGGAGCUGGCAUCGAUGUUUGGUCCUCAGAACCACUGGUUGAAGACUCAGCAGCAGCACGGCUCAGCAAACACCCCAAGGUCGUAGCAACACCUCACCUAGGUGCCUCAACUGUUGAAGCUCAGGAGAAUGUCUCUAUGGAUGUCUGCAAACAGGUUCUAGAGAUUCUCCAGGGUGGCCUUCCCACCAGCGCCGUCAAUGCCCCUAUCAUCAUGCCAGAAGAAUACCGCAAGCUGCAACCGUCAGUCAAUCUUGUUGAGAAGAUGGGACAACUGUACACACAACACUUUGUGCGCAACCGAGGAGGCAAAAUAGGAGGUCGUCGAUUCGAGCUCAUCUACCACGGCGACCUGGCCAAUAUGCCCAACACCAAGCCAUUGUUUGCUGCUCUUGUGAAGGGUUUGGUCUCUACGUUUAGCGAUUCACACAUCAACAUGGUCAACGCUGCUCUCAUAGCUAAGGAGAAGAGCAUAGUCAUCAGCGAAACUCGCUCAGGAGACUCCCCUUCAGCGUACGCCAACCUUGUGACACUGCGAUCUUACCAAACAAGUGGUAGCAAUAGCGAGCAAGUGAUCGAAGGCUACGCAGUUGAUGAGCGCAUCUUCAUCUCCAAACUGGACAGGUUUAACGGGGUGUUCACCCCAGAGGGCACGCUCAUCAUCCUGCACAACUACGAUGAGCCGGGCAAGAUUGGAGGCGUUGGAAUGGUGCUCGGUGCCCGUGGAAUUAAUAUUCAGUUUAUGCAAGUCGCUAGUCUGGAUCCUGAAGCUACAAAGGGAGCUGGCACUCCUCCUGAUCCAAAAGGAAACGAGGCAUUGAUGAUUCUUGGUGUUCUUGGGCCUGUGGGUGGUGAAGUGUUGGAGGGACUGGAAUCAUCCGACGGAGUCUUGGAUGUAAGUUUGGUCAAGCUGUGA